CUUUGAUAUUGCCCCCAUUUUAUCAUAAGUCUUUGUUCUCAAGUCAUUCCUCAAACUCCUUUUUUUAUCGCAGGUAUGAAAUAAACAUGAUUAAUGAGGAUCAAACUAGUGAGAACAAUAUGGAAGUGAAAAAUCAGUUGUUAAAACAGGAACAGAUCAGUGAUGAGGAAAGUGUUUCAUAUCAUACAAACAGCUUUGAAAACUUGAAGAGUUUUACCAUUCCUAUUACAUCUGCAUCUGACCAAGAACUAGUUAACAACAAGGCUACCAUAAAGUAUGAACUUGAGUGUAAAACUGGUGUACAAAAUAUUCAUGACAUAAUUAUAAUGACUGGUGGUGACAAAAAUCAAUGUGAAAACUUGGAGAUAAAGGGGUCUCUUCAAACGAUUGCAUCAACUCAUGAUUUUAAAUCCCCUGUAGGUUCUCUAGAUGGAGCUGCUCUAAUCAGUGGGCCCUCAGGGACUGGAGAUUACUUUUACAAAUGUAAGAAGUGUGCUUUCAAAACCAUAACCUCCUGUCGUUUGAGAAAUCAUUACAAGAAUGAGCACAUUUUAGAACUUUACUCCUGUACUUUCUGCUAUAAGGUCUGUCAUCAUUCUCGUGGUUUAAAGGAUCACAUGCAAAUAUACCAUUCAGGAAAUCACUCUACAUUGAAAUGCCGUAGAUGUAAAUUUGAAACAAAAAGUUGGCUGCAAAUGAAAAAGCACAUGAAAUUGCAGCACUGUCAUAGAAGUGGUAAGCCUGUCAGUGAUUGUUCUGAAUGUGGGUUCAAAACCAAGUAUGAAAAAUCGAUGAUCUACCACAAGCUCUGUAAACACAACAUUUUACCAGAUGAUUCAGUAAAACUGUAUUCCUGCAAUGUAUGCCAAAAGCCGUUUCUUUACAAAUGCAUUCUUUCAGUACACAUGAGAAAGCACACUGGAGAACGCCUAUUUGUAUGUGAAUACUGUGACCAUUCUGUUCAACAUUUGAGAACUUUAAAAGAACACAAGAUUAGAGUUCACUUCAAACCUAAAACUUUUAUCUGCUCUUAUUGUAGAAAGAAGUUCUCAGACAAAGAAUCAUUGGAAAAGCAUUUCUCAAAACACUUCAAUUAUAAAUGCUCGAAAUGCUCAUUCAAAGCGACUCGGAAGGUUGACUUUGUAAAACACUGUCAAGACACUGCCUGUGAAGUUGUUAAUACCUACUACUCUUGUUCCAGAUGCCUCAAAUCAUUCACUUGUAAUUCUUCCCUGAAAAGACACUUGCAAAGAACUUGCAAGGAGGUUGAUAUUAAAGUUAAAACAGAGAUUGUAGAUGAAGAUCUAUCUACAGUUGAUGUAAAGAAGCUUGUGAAUAAGAGGAAUAAAAAAGGGGUAGGAAUUUGUAAAGAGACAAAGAAGAUCGCUACUUGUGAGCACUGUAAUGAACACUUCCCUUCUACCAAAGUUAAAAAACGUCAUUUAAAUUAUUGCAAAUUCAAGUAACUUUAAACGUGAGUAUUUGAAUUCUCCAAUUGCUGCAGUUAAUUUCCGUUCCAUAUAACCAUUAGAAGUUGAUCAGUUUUAUUUCGAAGAACUAUAUUGAUUAUAUAAUGCUACUCAGUAAUUUUUUAUGCUAAAUUCAGAUCAUUCCGAUUUGCCAUCUUAGGCUCUGAAAUAAAGUAGCAAUAGACAAUUUCUGUUACCUAUGUAUUGUACUCAGCUCUACCAAUUGUAUUACUUGAUUUGAUUGAAUGUAUUAAUUUUAUCUGAUAUUUUGGCUGCUACCCUCUUUAUGAUCCUGGUGCCUUUGAUAUUGCCCCCAUUUUAUCAUAAGUCAUUGUUCUCAAGUCAUUCCUCAAACUCCUUUUUUUAUCGCAGGUAUGAAAUAAACAUGAUUAAUGAGGAUCAAACUAGUGAGAACAAUAUGGAAGUGAAAAAUCAGUUGUUAAAACAGGAACAGAUCAGUGAUGAGGAAAGUGUUUCAUAUCAUACAAACAGCUUUGGAAACUUGAAGAGUUUUACCAUUCCUAUUACAUCUGCAUCUGACCAAGAACUAGUUAACAACAAGGCUGCCAUAAAAUAUGAACUUGAGUGUAAAACUGGUGUACAAAAUAUUCAAGACAUAAUUAUAAUGACCGGUGGUGACAAAAACCGAUGUGAAAACUUGGAGAUAAAGGGGUCUCUUCAAACAAUUGCAUCAACUCAUGAUUUUAAAUCCCCUGUAGGUUCUCCAGAUGGAGCUGCUCUAACCAGUGGGCCCUCAGGGACUGGAGAUUACUUUUACAAAUGUAAGAAGUGUGCUUUCAAAACCAUAACCUCCUGUCGUUUGAGAAAUCAUUACAAGAAUGAGCACAUUUUAGAACUUUACUCCUGUACUAUCUGCCAUAAGGUCUAUCUUCAUUCUCGUAGUUUAAAGGAACACAUGCGAAUAUACCAUUCAGGAAAUUACUCUUCAUUGAAAUGCCGUAAAUGUAAAUUUGAAACAAAAAGUUGGCUGCAAAUGAAAAAGCACAUGAGAUUGCAGCACUAUAAAAGUGGUAAGACUGCCAGUGAUUGUUCUGAAUGUGGGUUCAAAACCAAGUAUGAAAGAUCGAUGAUCCGUCACAAGCUCAGUAAACACAACAUUGUACCAGAUGAUUCAGUAAAACAGUAUUCCUGCAAUGUAUGUCAAAGGCAUUUUCUUUACAAAUACUGUCUUUCAUUACACACGAGAAAGCACACUGGAGAACGCCUAUUUGUAUGUGAAUACUGUGACAGUUCUUUUCAGUAUUUGAAGGGUUUAAAAGAACACAAGAUUAGAGUUCACUUCAAACCUAAAACAUUUAUCUGCUCUCAUUGUAGAAUGAAGUUCUCAGACAAAGAAUCGUUGGAAAAGCAUUUACCAAAACACUUCACAUAUAAAUGCUCGAAAUGCUCAUUCAAAGCGACUCGGAAGGUUGACUUUGUAAAACACUGUCAGGACACUGCCUGUGAAGUUGUUAAUACCUAUUACUCUUGUUCCAGAUGCCUCAAAACAUUCGCUUAUAAUCGUUCCCUUACAAAACACUUGCAAAAAACUUGCAAGGAGGUUGAUAUUGAAGUUAAAUCAGAGAUUGUAGAUGAAGAUAUAUCUACAGUUGAUAUAAAGAAGCUUGUGAAUAAGAGGAAUAGAAAAGGGGAAAGAACUUGCAAAGAUACAAAGACGAUCGUUACUUGUGAGCACUGUAAUGAACACUUCCCUUCUACCAAAGUUAAAAAACGUCAUUUAAAUUAUUGCAAAUUUAAGUAGCUUUAAACGUUGGUAUUUGAAUUCUCCAAUUCUUACAUUUAAUUUCCGUUCCAUAUAACCAUUAGAAGUUGAUCAGUUUUAUUUCGAAGAACUGUAUUGAUUAUGUAAUGCUUCUCAGUAAUUUUGUAUGCUAAAUUCACAUCAUUCCGAUUUGCCAUCUUAGGCUCAGAAAUAAUUUCGUGAUCGUACCAAGUUUAUACUUUUAUAGAAGCUCGGAAAUUUGCUCAUCAUCAUAAUUUGUCAACUCCCUCAGGUAGAAUGGUUCUAUUAACAUUGUUAGCCAGAGUCACUGAUGGAUUACCUUUGAGUGCCUCUAUUGAUAACAGUAAUGAAAAAGAGCAGAACCUCCAAGUUUACCAGAACCAAGCAAAACAGCUGUUCAGAAAACUCUCCCCUAAUUCCCCCUCUAGAUGUACACUGGAAAGUGGACCAAUGUUAAUACACUAUCAGAUAGAACAAGGAGUGUGUUUUCUAAUUAUUUGUCAGAGUAACUUCUCGAAGAAGCUAGCAUUUAAUUACUUAGCUGAGUUGGCACAGAGUUUCCUGGAACGAUAUGCUGCUCAGAUAGGACAAGCAUCCCGACCUUACACUUUUAUCGAAUUUGAGACCACCAUUAGGAAGUUAAUGAAAUCCUACACGGACAGCAGAUCGCCCAAACAGCUCAGUAAAAUAAACAACGAGUUAGCGGAUGUACAGAGGAUAAUGGUACAGAACAUCGAGGAUGUGAUACAGCGCGGUGAAAAUCUUAGUGUUUUGGAUAACAAAGCCAACAAUCUGUCGAUGAUGUCCCGGCAGUACAAGAAAGAAUCACACCAACUGAACAUAAAUGCCCAACAAUGGAAAUACAUCGCAGCAGGAGUGGGGCUUGUCUUACUGUUCCUCUUCCUUAGAUACUGGGUUUUUUAAGGGAACGAUCUUUAGCUUUAGAAGCAUAGUUGGUAAAUUUUUCAUGGGUCCACAACUUUUAAUUCUAGAAAGUAAGUUGAAUAGAAAAAAAGAGUUUUUAAUGAGGCGAAUUAAAGUCAAACUGUUAACUUAUCUUUCUCUCGCGAACAAGACUGUUGUUAGUUUAUUGAAUUUCCGAAUUUAUAGGCCCUUUUUAAUCAGAAAUUUCUCACACAAUGAUCAACCAAAAUAAUUAACGUUUAACAUAUCUAAUGCAUUUUGGGUAUUAAUAAUUUGAAAUAUCUUCUGGCCUCUAAUUAUCAACUUAAUCAGGCCAGAAAAUGAGAAAAUGAUCGGUCAAAGUUUUACUAGUACUGCACAUAAUUGUCAGUCUGUUUUCACGAGUCACAACAUCUCCAAGCGGAGAGUUAUGUUUCGUUUUUUAUUAUAUUGGAUAUCAAGCUGAGCCAGAGCCCCUUAAAGAGUAUGAAGUAUCAGCCCUGAAAUUCGUUAUUAAGAGGAAUAAUCUAUUCAGUUUUGUAUAACUAUAUCUUACAAAACAACAAGAGAUUGUUUAAGAUAUAAAAGUUGAUUUUGUCAGAGAUUCGUGAUAAUAUAAAAUAACCUUUUGAUAUUGAAUGAGAAUGUUUGUUUGACAAUAUAUGAUACAUUGUUCGAUGUUUAAAGUUGAUAAUGUAUAAUGAAUAAUCUUUAACACUGCAACAUUUCAUACAA